AUUUACCAGACCAACCAAAAUGGAUUAGUCCCUUACUUAAAUAAAAUAAAAAACCUUAAAACUGAGAAAAAAAAAAGUCGCCUCCUCAUCCGUCGGCGGGAGCAAAAUUCAGGGGUUUUGAAUAGUUUGUGUAGUGAAAAUUGUCUGAGAUGGAAGCAGCUAUUGCUCAAAGGUUUCAGUACCCAUCAUGGAUUGAUUGGAGAGAGUUUGAGAGGAAGCUGCCUCGUGGUUCAUUGCGGUAUCCUCAACGAGCUAAGGAAGAGAAAAGGUUCAGGGGUCUUGCUUUCGCUCAUUUGCAACCUGAAAGAAGAAACAGAUCGUUGUCUUCAGAGGUUUCAUGUUCUGCUGAUAACUCUUCAGCAUUGUUGGAGGCCGGAAGUGUCUAUCCAUUUGAUGAGGAUCUAAUUCUCAAGAGAAAAGCAGAAGAGGUUAAACCGUAUUUGAAUGGACGAGCUAUGUACCUUGUUGGCAUGAUGGGUUCUGGGAAAACAACCGUGGGAAAGUUAAUGUCCAAAGCUCUUGGUUAUUCCUUCCUUGACUGCGACACUUUGAUUGAGGAGGCGAUGAAUGGAACUUCUGUGGCAGAGAUAUUUGAGCAUCAUGGAGAGAGUUUGUUUAGAGAAAAGGAGACCGAUGCACUAAAGAAACUCUCUUCGAUGUAUCAAGUUGUUGUUUCCACUGGUGGAGGUGCAGUUAUAAGACCCAUUAACUGGAAGUAUAUGCAUAAAGGAAUCAGCAUUUGGUUAGAUGUGCCUCUAGAAGCCUUAGCCCAUAGAAUUGCUGCCGUUGGAACUAAUUCACGACCAUUGUUACAUGAUGAAUCAGGAGAUGCAUACACAGUGGCUUUGAAGCGUCUUUCAACUAUUUGGGAUGAGCGCAGUGAAGCAUACACAAAUGCAAAUGCCAGAGUGUCGUUAGAAAGUAUAGCUCCUCCAUCCAUUUGCUAUUUGUUCAAUCUUCUGCUAUUUACACUCAUGCAACUUCUGCUAGUAAUUUGGCUUUUCUUCUUUGUACUCCAAUCAUCAGAUAUUGCAGCCAAGCGUGGCUAUAAAGAUGUCUCAGAUCUCACACCAACUGAAAUUGCCAUCGAGGCCUUUGAGCAAGUUCUGAGCUUUCUAAAGAAUGAAGAAACUAUGGAGAUCCCUGACGGCGACCUCUAAUUUCCCAGCCUCCAGUUCUCUAUCUCUUCCUUUAUCUCUCAACGAAGCAAUCACCAGGCCAUUGAGCAAGUUCAGAGACAAAGAAGACCUCUAGUUACUGCCUUACUGGUUCUGGGUCAUUGGAGCUUACACAAAGCCUAAUUUUGACUGGAACAAUGCUUUGUUUAAAGAAGAUGCAAUAUGUGUAUAUACAAACUUAAUAAUGCUCCUGUUGUUUUACUAUCAUUUUCCUUGAACAAAAUAAAUAAAAAGUAGCCGUAUUCGUUUU